AUGAAAAGCUUCUACGACAUCAUAGAAAUCGAGGAGACCGCAAAUUUUGACGACGUCAAAAAAGCGUAUUUUCGAUUUUUGCGCGCCGAGCAUCCGGAUAAAAAUCCCCAAAAUAAAUCAUCAUCAGCGACAGAACUCCUGAAAGCUGUAGGUCAAAUUUGGGAGCAAGUGAAGAGUAACCGAGUGAUCUACGAUAGUUGGCUCCGUGAGCAGAGACUAAGAGAGACGCAGGGAACGAUUGGAGAAACGAUUGAAUUAGAGAGAAAUCAAGAGAUUGAAGAGUACUGUCGCUGUGGGGCGGAGUUUAAUUUGACACAGGAGGAGGUAGAUCAAAUAAUCGACGUCGGGAUCUUCGAGUGCUCCUCGUGCUCUCUCUGCCUUGAAAUCCGUCGUCCAUAA